GGCCCAUCAGCUCUGGAACUCCCUGCAUGAGGGUUUUAUUUUCACCAUGUAUUAUCUGAAAUAUUACUUUUCAUUUUAUUUGCCCCAAUGCACUCUGGUUCAACCGUACAAAGCACUUUGUAACUUUGUUUGGAAAAGUGCGGUAUAAAUAUAUUUUUUUAACAUUAUGUGCAUGGAGAGGAGUGAGUGAGAAAAUGUUUUAUUGCCAUUUGGAUCAGCUGUUCAUAGACUGACAGCUGUUCACGUGAAAUCGUGUCUGUUCACGGUGACUGUGCAGAACUGACCUGGAAGAAAAACAUCUUUUGACCAUUAACUUAGUGUAACGUUAAUCUUUGAGCCCAGCGGAACCCGGACACGCCGCUUCCUGCAGCCUGCUGCCCGGACUGACGCUGUCUGCUGCUCUGCUGGCUGAUCUCACUAGACCUCACCGACCAUGGAGAUCUCAUUUUCAGGCAAACGAGCUCUGGUUACCGGAGCAGGAAAAGGGAUCGGCAGGGCCACAGCUCUGGCUCUGGCACGCUGCGGGGCAAAGGUCACGGCGGUCACACGCACACAGGCCGACCUGAACACUCUGGUGCAGGAGUGUCCCUCCAUCACCCCGGUGUGUGUGGACCUGGCAGACUGGGGGGCCACAGAGGCAUCCCUGCAGGAUGUUGGCCCCAUUGAUCUGCUGGUGAAUAACGCUGCCUAUGCCAACCUGCAGCCAUUUCUGGAGGUCACAUCCGACCAGUUUGACAGGUCAUUCAAUGUGAAUGUGAAAGCUGUGCUGCAUGUUUCCCAGAUAGUGGCAGGUGGUAUGAAGGCCAGAGGAUCAGGAGGCUCCAUCGUCAACGUGUCCAGCCAGGCGUCGCAGUGUGCCCUCAGAGACCACACUGUGUACUGUGCCACUAAAGCAGCACUGGACAUGCUGACUAAAGUCAUGGCUCUAGAGCUGGGACCCCAUCAGAUUCGUGUGAACAGUGUGAACCCCACAGUGGUGAUGACUGAGAUGGGCCGCCUGGGCUGGAGCGACCCUGAAAAAGCCAAGAGCAUGACGUCCCGCAUCCCCCUGGGCCACUUUGCAGAGGUGGAGGAUGUGGUGAACAGUAUUUUAUUCCUGCUGAGUGAUAAGAGCAACAUGACGAAUGGAGUCAGUCUGCCAGUGGACGGAGGCUUCCUGGCCUGCUAACCAACACGACUCAACCUCAGCACGCUGCCCAUUUGUUCUUCUGUCUCAUGACCUCACUGUGUUAUUCACACAGAGGUCAAUUUACGAAAUAAACACACCUACUGCACAAUU